AUGAAGGAUGAGAAGGGUCUGCGCCGCCAGCAAAAGAUUGAGCAGAUCCGCAAGGAGUUUGAAAAGCAUCCCGACAACCCAUUCAACCAGGCCAACGCUUCCUACAACAGCACGAGGGAGGACUUGCAGAACAUUCGUGAGGGAGAAAAUGCCAAGAUUGAAAAGAGAUUGGGUGGUCCUUGA